UUAAAGGACUCACUCUGUGCGUGUAACCUGUUACGAGACUUUGAGUCUUGUUUGGAUUUUUGUAAAGUUUUUGUGGAGACAUUUAUUUUGCUCCACCGCUCCGGUCCCCUGACACCGGCUCCCGCUGCAGCUCCUGCCCGGCCCCCGGCUCCCCUCGCUCGGCCAUGGGCUCCGUGCUGCCCGGCUCCUCGCUGGGCCUGAAGUCGGGCUUCAAGCCGCAGCAGCCGCUGUCCCUCGCGGACAUCAUCACCUCGGACAUCCUGCACAGCUUCCUGUACGGCCGCUGGAGGCACGUGCUGGGCGAGCAGCACCAUCACCUGCACCCGCACCAGCAGCACCACCUGCACGAGGACCGCACCGCGCCGAGCGCGAGCCCCAAGACAGCGUUCACCGCCGAGGUGCUCGCGCAGUCCUUCUCCGGAGAGGUGCAGAAGUUGUCCAGUCUGGUUUUACCCAGCGAGGUGAUCAUCGCUCAGAGCUCAGUCCCAGGGGAAGGUUUAGGGAUUUUCUCCAAGACGUGGAUCAAAGCAGGAACAGAGAUGGGACCGUUCACCGGACGCCUGAUUUCCCCCGAACACAUCGACCUGUACAAGAACAACAACCUCAUGUGGGAGGUGUUUAACGAGGACGGGACGGUCAGGUACUUCAUCGACGCGAGUCAGGAGGACCAGAGGAGCUGGAUGACGUACAUCAAGUGUGCGCGGAACGAGCAGGAGCAGAACCUGGAGGUGGUGCAGAUCGGCAGCAGCAUCUUCUACAAGGCUGUGGAGACGAUUCCUCCGGACCAGGAGCUGCUCGUCUGGUACGGAAACUCCCACAACACGUUCCUGGGAAUCCCUGGAAUUCCUGGAGGAGACGAAGAACAGAGCAAGAAGACAAAAACCGAUGAGUUUCACACCUGUGAAGGCUCUUCCUCUUCCUCGUCCUCUUCCUCCUCGUCCUCGUCCUCCUCGUCCUCCUCCUCCAGUGUGGGCCGCAUGCGCUGCGUCAUCUGCCACCGCGGCUUCAACUCCCGCAGCAACCUGCGCUCCCACAUGCGCAUCCACACGCUGGACAAACCGUUCGUGUGCCGCUUCUGUAACCGCCGCUUCAGCCAGUCGUCCACGCUGAGGAACCACGUCCGGCUGCACACCGGCGAGCGUCCGUACAAGUGCCACGUCUGCCAGUCGGCGUACUCGCAGCUGGCCGGCCUGCGGGCGCACCAGAAGAGCGCCAGGCACCGGCCCACCGGGGCCGCUGCCGCCGCUGCCGCCGCCGCAGCCGCGGCCGCUGCCGCAGUAGGGGGCGUGAUGGUGCACGCAGCUCACUCACCUCCGCUUCACCCACCACAUCUGACCGCCAUGCCUCACCCGGCAUCACUGGUUCACCAUAUUCCCACCAUGGUGCUGUGAUGGACAGACACACAGAAUACCACUACCCAGGGAGCUAAAGCUAAGUUCCCAUACGAUUACGGAAACACGUGGUUGACGUGGUAAAUUGAAACAAAACUUGUUUAGAGAACGAUUGUGGUCACCCUGAGUAAUAAUUUACAAAGAAAACUCUCCAACAUUAUCUAAACAUCAAAGACGUUUGUACAUUAUAUGCAUGCACACACACGUUUAUUAUACACUUCAGCGUCUCUUCACACUGAAACUCUGAUUCAUAAAACAGUUGCAUGAUGGGACAUUAUUAGCCCAUGUCAGUAUAAAUCUGUGAGACGAUAAUGUCGUGCGUUGGUUUGCAUGCAAAAUGGUUUUCUGUGAAAAGUUUUUGUUUGUUGAGAAGUCGGAGCGCUGAGGCUCAGAGGACACCGUGCAGAGCUCCUGCUCUCUGGACGGGACGUGUUGAGGUGGUACGAGUCCUGCUAUCGUCAGUGUGUUACUGACAGCAGAGGGCUUUCCAGCACAGCAGCUAAGCAAACAUUACGGCGUUACUUUGGAUCUGAAAGUCCCACAAUAACAAACUAACGAUGAUAGAACACGAACUGCAGGGGUCAGAGGUCAAAUUUAUGUUUUUAUCAACGGAGUCUGGAGGCUGUGAAGUUCACGUAAACGUAUGUUACCACCUAAAAACUCACCAGAUCCCUUUAAAGAAUCACUUUUAAAAUAGGCAGAGCCUGGAAUGUAAAAUAUUUUGUUAUUAUUAUUAAUAUUAUUAAUGUAUGUUAAGCUAUGGGUUGAGGCCCAAAUUGGGUCUCAGGCGACGCCUGUUAGAAAAUAUUAGAAACAAAACUUCUAAUCUUUGUAAAUGUUUUUACAUGAUUUCUGUAUAAAUAUGUUGUCAAAUAAUGAUAUUAGAAACUUUAGCUGACAGCUGUUUGUC